GGAGGAGGAAGGAGAAGGAAAAGGAAGCGGGCAGGCCUUAAAGGGGCAGGAGACAUUUUUAAAGCCUUUUUUUUCCCCUUCUCUCCAAUUUCGCCACGGCGAUCGCAGAAGGGUGGGUUCCCGGAAGCAGAGCACAGCUGGAACAGCAGGGCCACAGCUGGAGGCGGGGGCGCCUGCGGGGCGGGCGGGCGGCGGCGCGGGGCUGCCCAGCGGACAGGCGGGGUGUGCGCACUCCCCCUCCGCCCCGCACACAGCUGGGGCGGCCCAUGCUCCGGCCGGCUGCGAGCCUUCACAUCUGGGGCCGGGCCGGGGCGGCGAGGUCCUGUAAGCGGCUGGCGCGGCCGACGCCCCGGGCGAGAGGGUGAGGCCGCGCGGCUGGGCGAGGACAGAGCUUGCAACUCCGGAGCCAGCCCCGGGCGGCAAGGGAGCCGCGGCGAUGCCGGGCGAAAAUAUCUUCCUGUUCGUGCCUAACCUCAUCGGUUAUGCCCGGAUUGUCUUCGCCAUCAUUGCUUUCUACUUUAUGCCCUGCUGCCCCCUCACGGCCUCCUCCUUCUACCUGCUCAGCGGACUGCUGGACGCUUUCGAUGGACACGCCGCUCGAACCCUUAAUCAAGGGACGCGGUUUGGGGCCAUGCUGGACAUGCUGACGGACCGGUGCUCCACCAUGUGCCUGCUGGUCAACCUGGCCCUGCUGUACCCUCGAGCCACCCUUCUCUUCCAGCUCAGCAUGAGCUUGGAUGUGGCCAGCCAUUGGCUGCACCUCCACAGCUCUGUGGUCCGAGGCAGCGAGAGUCACAAGAUGAUCGACCUGUCUGGGAAUCCGGUGCUUCGGAUCUACUACACCUCCAGACCUGCACUGUUUGUCUUGUGUGCUGGAAACGAGCUCUUCUACUGCCUCCUCUAUCUGUUCAACUUCUCCGAGGGGCCAUUAGUUGGCUCCGUGGGUCUUUUCCGAAUGGGCCUCUGGAUCACCGCCCCCAUUGCCCUGCUCAAGUCCGUCAUCAGCGUCAUCCACCUGAUCACAGCCGCCCGCAACAUGGCUGCCCUGGACACGGCAGACCGUGCCAAGAAGAAGUGACCCUGGAACCUCCAGUCCCCCAGCUGCCCACCUGUCCUGGCAGGCUCACUGUGCCACACAGCUCCCCUUCCCUUCCUGGGAGGUCCCAGUCUCACAUCUUCCUAAUGUGUUGUUCAACCCGCUGGGGUAGGGAUCAGCCUCUCUUUGGCGAGGCCACGUUCUCUGCAAUCCUGAGGACCAGUCGUACUCCUGUGACCCCUGAGGACCCGGGCUUCAAUUCAGGAAGGAUGCUCAGAAGCCCCCACCCACAUGCGGAUGCUCCUUGGGCCCCAAGAGGCCUGUCCGAGGACUGGGCAUUGUCCCAUCCUGCUGGCUCAGCCCUGGCAUGGGGCUUGGCCUGUGAUUUUCAGGACACACAGAUGAGGGAGAGGUGUAAGGGCCAGGUUUUCCCAGAGGUAGGGUAGCCGGGCCUCUGUCCCUGGCCAGAGGAAGCUUGGGGGUGCUAGCCCAGGAGGGAAAGGCCCGUCUAGAUCCUUCUGGAUCCUUCCCCAUUGCAGUCUAUCCUGUCUUUUCUGGCCCCAGAAGUUUCAAUAAUAAAGGCGGAAGCAUCACUA